UCGUUCAAUCACCAUGGACCAGUGGCCAUCACAGGUAAUCUCUGGUGAUAACAUUACUUUGAGAUGCUCGUUUGUUCCGGAAGAUGAUUAUGCCCUUGCCAACAUUGAAGUUGCAUGGCAGUUCUUCAGUAAAAGCCAUUGGACAAUUGUCUAUCAUUAUGUCAAUGGAGCAGCGCAACUAGAGGAUCAGGACAGGAGGUUCCAUGGACGAGCUUGGAUUGUUCCAGAGGAACUUAAUGAGAAAAAAGCCUCUCUCAAAAUUAGCAGUGUAAGACUGACAGAUACAGGAGAGUAUCGCUGCAUUGUUGUAGAUAAUGGUGGAGCUGCUACUCACACAACCUACCUGACAGUAUUAGCCCCUUACUCAUCCCCCAGACUGACAGCUAUUUAUGGUAAUGGAACAGUUAUUCUGCAUUGCCUGUCUGAGGGAGGAUAUCCUCAGGGUGAAGUGAUGUGGCAUGAUGGGAGCGGAGAACAACUCAGCCAGUCGUGGUCAAGAGAGUACAUAAGUAAUCGUUUUGGAGGAGUUGAUAUUAACAGCACAGUGUCUGUACCACUAAAGGAAUUCAGUGUCGUCUGUUGUUCUGUGAUUCAUACAGCUUUACAGCAGAACAGGACAGCCUGUGAGGAAAUUAAAGGUGAAACAUUACACUAA